AUGAAGAUACGCAGACCGAUGAGUGUGUUUUUCAUGAAGCCCGGCAGCGGCGGGGCCUGCAACUCGCGCCGCCCGGCUGUUUCAAGGGCCGCCCCGGGAAUUUUCGUUCUACUGAUUUCCGUAAACUUUACCGACAGGGCGGCGACAAGAAUUCGUGUUGGGGAGGAUUCUGGCCGAGCGGCGGCCUUUUUGGUUCCUGCUUCGACACUUCCUCCUGCUGCGCCGUGGACGAAAAAGAGCCGGAGUACGGGAUGCCGGACUACGAUCAGUUUCCAAAGAGGGUGCUGUGGCCGAACGGCCAGAGGGAACAUGUGUGGGUGUACUACAGUGAGACUGGCCGUCAGUAUCUGGAGGGCCAACAUGCUGCGCGCGUCAACUUGCGUGCCAGGAUCGUCAGUGAAGAGGAUAUCGCCGAGGCAAAGGAAAUUAUCCCCACGGACGACGGAGGGGAGAUUGUCGUGCAGCCUGUGCGGAGGCCCUAAUUUUCUUUUCCAUGGCCGUUGGGCCUCGCCCUGCUCUCCCUUCGUGUUAAAUUUCCAGGUCCCUGCUCCUCUGCGAUUGCUUAACGGCUUCGGCACUAUAGCGUUUCUUGUUUCAUUUCGUUUCUUUUCCACUGGUGCUAGGUAGACGGACUUAUGUAUUCAGUAGCAGCCUGAAGUAGUGUAUUUUACGUGGGAUUUAUUAAGUAUAUUAGGAUAGCAGAUAGUUUCUUCAAUUGGGAGUUUGUGUGUUGAGGACGGAGCAACGCAGGCGCAUUUUGGUGAGUAGCAUGAAGGGCAAGUUUGCAGCGUAGGCGGAAGCUUAUUAUAGCAAGAAAUCGUGCUUGUGCAGUAACAGUGCGCACAAGUACGAGUACUCUAGAUGACGUGUACAUGGCCGCUCGAAUUCAGUUCAUGAUCCGCGCCAGAGUGUUCAUUGAAUCCACCGUGAGGCGUGCCUGGCCGUGCAGCAUAGUCGGUCCAUGGAUUAACAAGUCUGCAAGCCAUUUAGGAAAAAUGCGUGAAUAUGCAAAGAUCUGA